AUGUCCACACGUACCAUAGAAACCCGCGAGAGAAAGCCAUAUAUCAAGGCUGUGGAAGAGAACAAUGAGACUGUGGCAAUUGCCGAGAAGAGCUACAUCACCAGCAAGCGUCUCCCAGCAGUCUCCCUCGCCAACGUCAUAGAAAACCCUGGUGUUGCACGAGCUAACGCAGCGGUGUCUGUGGAUAAACCUGAGGGCGACCUUGGAUGGGCCAGAAAAUGUGACGGUUAUUCGCCCCUUCAGCAGCACAUCCUCUUCUGGGAUCGCGAUGGCGACGGGAUGAUUUACCCCUGGGAUACCUACAAUGGGUUUCGUGAGCUAGGCUUCAACCUUUUCUUCUCGAUGAUUGCGACCUUCAUCAUCAACGUCAACUUCUCCUACCCCACACGCCUAGCAUAUUCGUGGUUGCCUGACCCAUGGUUCCGUAUUUAUAUAACAAGUAUUCAUAAAGCUAAGCACGGUUCGGACAGUGGCAUCUACGAUCCAGAGGGCCGUUUCAUACCGCAACUCUUCGAAAAUAUAUUCUCGAAAUGGGAUAAAGAUGAUGAUGGAGCCAUAACACUUAGUGAGCUUUUCCAACUAAUGCAUGGCCACAGAUGCGCCGCUGAUCCUUUCGGGUGGUUUGCAGCCCUUUUUGAGUGGGGAACAACUUGGCUUUUGAUCCAACAGGACAGUAAAGUAUACAGGGAGGAUCUACGAGCGGUAUAUGAUGGAUCGCUAUUCUGGAAAAUCCGGGAAGCAAGAAAGACCCCAACUGGCUGGACGCAGGGUUGGGGCUUGGGAGGUGACGGUUUCAUUGGAGGAAGAAAGAUGCUCUAA